ACAUAUUUAACAUUUUUGAUGUUAGUAUGAUAAAUACACCAAUAAUAACACUACUCUUCUUAUCUCUUCCUUUCCAACUACAACUUGAGCUAAAGAGAAAGAGAAGAGACAAAAAUGGAGGUUUCAAUGUGCAUGACAACUUCUUCAAACUCCAUAUCUCUAAAACCCAUUCACAAUCCUCUUCUGGGUCAUGCUUCUUCUUCUUCCUCAACACAAUUUUUGGCUCUAAGAAGAAAAGGGUCUUCUUCUUUUACUACCAAAGCACUUCUUUCAACUUCUAAAGAACUUGUUUUGAAAGAAUUUCAUAACUGCAAAGCUCUCAAGAUUAUCUCAGGUUUGCAGAAUUUUGAUAAGGAAAAUGUUGCUUCAGUUGUUUCUGCUGCAGAUAAGGGAGGAGCAACUCAUGUGGAUAUAGCUUGUGAUCCUGAGUUGGUUAAGCUUGCCAUUACAUUAACAUCUCUUCCUGUUUGUGUUUCUUCUGUAGAUCCAGCUGCAUUCCUGGCUGCGGUCGAGGCAGGAGCAACAAUGGUUGAGAUUGGAAACUAUGAUUCAUUCUAUGAGAAGGGUGUGAUAUUCACUCCCGAACAGAUACUGAAUCUAACAAAGGAGACUAAGAGGAGUCUUCCAUCCAUAACCUUAUCAGUCACUGUGCCUCACACGCUAAGUCUUCCCGAUCAGGUCAAGCUUGCGGAAAUGCUGGAGCAAGAAGGUGUUGACAUCAUUCAAACCGAAGGAGGGAAGUGCUCGAACCCUACAAAGUCUGGCAUUCUUGGUUUGAUUGAGAAGGCAACACCGACAUUAGCAGCUGCAUAUUCCAUCUCGCGGGCUGUCAAGAUUCCUGUCAUGUGUUCAUCUGGUCUAAGCGCGGUGACAGCACCAAUGGCCAUCACUGCUGGAGCUGCUGGUGUGGGUGUGGGAUCAGCCAUUAACAAACUCAAUGAUGUAGUUGCAAUGAUAGCAGAAGUAAGGAGCAUUUCGAAUUCAUUAUCAUCAUCUGGUUUUCGUACUGCAAAUGAAGAACAAACUCUGAAACUGUAACUCCAUGCCACUUUCUUGUUGUGUUAUUAGACAGAACUUAGAAUGACUCACAAGUUUAUGUAUGAGGUUACAAGAAGUACCAAAUUGGCAUGUAAAAUUUUUGUUGAAUUAAAUUUUUUUUUUCCAUACCAAAAGAUAUUGAUUUGUUGAAAUUGUUGCCAAAAUUCAACUUUCAAAUAUAAUCUCAUUUGGAAA